GAGAGCGCGAUGCCUUCCCUUAACAAAGCCGCUGCUGUCGGCUCGCGAAAAAGUCGCGUGGCCGAGGCCUGUAACCUGAGCCCGGCGUUGCUUCUCCCUACUAAGGAAGGAGGCCCUGCCCGGCAGCGCUUGCAGGGCGGGACUGGCAGCUGAAGCGCGAGGAAGUUUCCCAACCGCGCCCGGCCGGGUUUCUUCUGCAGCUGCCGCCAUUAUGCCAGAUCAGUCUUACUGUGAUCGUUUGCAACAAGACAUGGUGUUUCUAACAAGCAAUGGCAGACUGAGUGAACAGCUGGUUGACAAAAUCAUCCUUCAGUUAAACAGAGUUUAUCCUCAAAUUCUUACCAAUAAAGAAGCAGAAAAGUUUCGAAACCCAAAAGCUUCCCUUCACAGUCGGUUGUUGAAUCUGAUAGCCCACUUGCAGAAGAAAGGUGACAAGCCCUGUCAAGAGUUUUACCGUGCUUUACAGAUCAAUGCCCAACAACUGUAUAACAGCUUGCCAAGCAGGAAGAUCCUGAAAACCUCAGAUUCCACAGGGAUAAACCCUGAGAAGGAGAAAUGUAUUCUAAAUGACAGGGGUCCUACAUUUUUCCUUGCAUGUUUCAGUGUUGCAGCAGGAUUCGCAUUCAUCAUGUACUACUAUAAUCCAGAGUCAAAAAUUCUAGGAGGAGCCAGGAAGGUGUUGGGUUUUUCACCAAUCAUCAUAGGAAGACAUGUUGCAAAUAUUUGUAUGUUAUUCAUGGAAGACUCAGCAAGGGAGCAAUAAGAAUAAACUAGUUCUGCAGUUCAAAGUCAGCUGUUGUUGCUGAGGGAAAAGCUACGCUGCAAUAAUAUAUGUUGUAUACUCAUACCAAAGAUAUACCUAAGUGGCUUUAGCAGUGUGUAUAUACUGCUGCAAAAUGCUUUCAAAAGCUAUAUAUGUGUUUUUACUUUGGAGAGCAGAUAAUUUAUUUUUAUAUGUGCUCGUUUUAAACUAUUUAUCACUUGGAUAAAAAUGAUUUUAAUACAAGUCUUUUAUUAUGUACUCUGUUGUUGCAAAGUCUUAAAAGUCAUGUUAGAUAUAUUUGUAUUUGGUUCUGGAUAGAUAUUUAUGAAGGUCACUCCUUCAAAAUGAGGUGUUGUAAAGACUUUCGGUAAAAGUUUGGACCUUUUUGACAAGGAGGUUAUGGAAGUUUAUCCAAAUAAUUAUGAGCUCCAUGUGCAUCUCCUUUUAAAUAUAUCUGCUUGGUGGAAAACAGACAGAGGAACUCCACUUUAUAUGGGUAAUGGAUGGAAGAAGUUGUGAAAGAUUUCAGUCUUGAUGCUGAAGUUACUCUGCUCUCAACAGCAGUCAAGCUGUGUUCGUGGCAUGGGUGGAUCCUCUGCUUAAUCUUGUCGGCAAAGCAUUUGAAGCUUUGCCACAGGAUAACUUUUUACAUUGCUAACUUAAGAAGGAUAUCUUAAACAAACACAAAACCUUAUUAAGACACUUUACCUUUAAUGUGAGGCCUAUGUUCUUUCUGUUCUUUGUACAGUACAGGAGGUUAGAGUGACAUAUAGUAAGUAACUCAGGGGCAAAAAAAAUCUGGUAUGCUGUUCUUUCACAGCCCUACAAUGCAAGAUUCCGUUUCAUGCAGGAUUCCUGAGGCGACAUUUCAGAGGAAAUUUAGCUAAGAGCAAAAGCAUUAAAUGCCUGAGUUAAAUUGAAAAAAAGGUGCAUUUCAAAGGUAUUUCGUUUUCUUAAAUAUCUCAUGGUAUCGAUGGCAGUGUUAACUCCACAGGGCAAAACCCCUCUUCCUUUUAUUGUAAUUAAGGCAAAUAAGGUUGUGCCUUUGGCAUGCAUGCCUACUAACUAUAAAGUUGUUUAUAGAACAAGUCAUUUUAGCAAACCAGUGACUAGGCCGGUUACAGAAGCCUUCUGAAGAAGUACAUAUGGCUUGAAACUCAGAGUGCAUAUGCAUGUCCAUGUGUGUUAGAUUUCCGUUGCACUCCCAAAUGACAGGCUGCAAGGUUCUCUUUCCCUGGGUGAGUUAAUUACCUAUGUGUUAGUCACAGAUAUAAAAUACUCAGGAAUGCCCCUGGUAAGUGCUUUGGGCAUAAUCUUUCACACUUUUUAUGCACAGUGAUUGAGGAUGCUACAAAUAUAGGUACAAAACAGUCUACUGAGCUUUAUUUUAUGGCAGACCCAAAGUUGGCUGCACUAAAAGUUGGCUGCACUAAAUAGACUAUUAAAAAAAAGUUGUAAAGGGUGUUUCUUUUAUCUGGCAGGAUGGUUGAUUUAAUUUGAGAUAUCUGCACUGCAGGUAUUUUGACUUUGAGCAGGCAUUUGACUUCUGGUAUACUGAUAGCUUCUUUUUCAAGGGCCUUGCUGAGAGAGAAAACUGUAAAGUGUCGCCCAAAGUUCCUGAUCAUAAAGACCCCACUCAGCAGUAAUUUCAUCAGCAUGUCUUUUGUAGAAUUACCACUAGAUGGAGGAAGAGCACCUCAAGCUCUAUGCAUAUUACUUGCAUUAAACUGCACUAAGUUUUUCUAGGCCUCACACAGAGGACUGAUAUAGUGAGUAUAAGUUUAUAAGCCCAGUCUUAUUCCUGGCUUGUCUAGUUAAAUCAAGAAGACUUGCCUGUAAAACGAAAUAGAGAAGUGGGAGUGUAACAUAUGGAUGAAGAAUCAAAAUUUAUGUCAGUAAACAUGCUGAUUUUACAAUGCAAAAAUGGCUAAGCUUUUAACGACAUAAAAUUUAAAAGGAGACUGGAAAGACUUGAGGAAGUUUCUUGAUUCUUUUGUACUAUCCAUGAAGAAAUCCUCAGGAAUUAUGAAGAGAGACCAAUAUAGUUCUACUUCAGACCAGGAAAAAAUUAACUUUAUAUAUAGUAUCUAUAAACAUGUUUCAUUUUUGAAAAGUGGAUCAUUCACAAAUAUACAUUACUUGUCCUACAAUCCUAGCAGAACUUUCCUAUGAGGAAGGCACAUUGAAUAAUGUGAGAUUUGUCUCUGAGCAGACUUGCUUGGGCUUCUCCCCUCCGUAACUCUUUCACUGUUUCCAAAGUACACAAAAUGUAAAUUACUCUCUUUUUUCAUUCCAAGUUUAGGUGAAGCCAUGUGACUGAGCAAGAUCAGGAUCCAAAGCCAUAUUUUAUUUGUCAUAUUAUUCCUGACUAUAUCAUAAAAGAGUAUUGUGUAAAGCAUUCCUUAUCCUUUCUUUUCUUAAACAUUUAUAUCCUUUUCUUAAACAUUUAUUUAGUCACAUUGUCUUUCAACUAAGACAUCUUACGAAUACACAUUGAAAGCUCAAUAGUGAUGGAAGCAGUCAUUUUAAUAAGAGCUAUUACCUUGACUUCAUUUUUAAAUUUUGUGAUGCAUUCAAUGAUCCUUAUUUUCUUAUUGACCUGGUAAUGGAAAAUGUUUGCACUGAUGUUCUACCCUAUAAUGUUGACAUAGCAUCAUAUUUUCAGGAUGUCACUUCUUUUCCAACAUUUUAUUCUCACAUUUUAGUUUAAUAAGGCAAAUGAUCCUUCCACUCUGUUGUGUACAUAUUCUGGAGUCUGACCUCUUUGUUUUCAAAGCUGAAGCCUUAUGGCAUGCUGUUCAGUGAUGUUAGUUUUGCACUUAUGGCACAAUUUUUCGUGUGUAUUGUGUUCUCUCAUUAGAAAGGCACUUCCAAGGACAUUUAUAUAACUAUGUAGACCAAGAAGAGGCAGGAUUCUAAGCAGCAUUUUAUUUGUCACAUUAUCCACGGCUGAACUUUCAGUUACUGAAAUAAUCUAUGUCAAGUACUUCGGACAUUUGCAGUGUGUUAGGGUUUUUUUUAAAGUAUUAUCAAUGACUGACCUUUUUUAGAGCUAGGGGUUUUUUAUCCCCUUGUAUACCCAUUCUCUGACUGGAGGCAUUAUCCAGGACAGGUUGUUCCUUCCAUUUGCACAGGAAGCAGUUACAUAGAAACUAUGGGGUGGGGGGUGGGUGCUGCACCCCGGAUGUACAGUGUUGGGGUCACAUGGGAGCAGAAAAUUGACCCCACACCCCUUCCCCCCUCGCCCUGCCUUGCCAGGCCCAGCAGAAGCCGCUGCCAGGCCAGCCUCACCGGACCAGGCCCUGCAGAAGCCACUGUAGAAGCACCCCUGCACAGCCCUGCCCCACCAGCCAGGCCCCACGGCCCAGAGCAGCCUGGCAGGAUGGGCCUCAGGGCAGGCCACAGGGCUGGGCGGCAGCCCAGCCAGGCUGCUUUUUUAGCUGGCUGAACUAAGAUAAGUGGGGGGUGGGGGCAUGGAAGGGUGGGGCCCCACAGGGGGCUGCCCGCUGUGCCUCCCACCCUGCCCUUCCCCACUUACCUUAGUUGAGCCAGCGGGCCAGCCAGGCUGCUUUUUCAGCAGGCUGCUCUUUGCAGCCAGCUGAAUUAAGGUAAGUGGGGGGCAGGAGGCAGGGCCCCAUGAAGGGGCCGGGCGCCAUUUUGCCCUGGGAGCCAUUUUCCUCCCCUAUGCCACUGGCAGGAAGUACUGUGUAAAUUAGGCAGGUCUUUGAAGUAAUAUCCCAGUUCUGAUCCUGUCUGCCCCACACGUUGGCCUCUGUCUUUUCACUCUCUAUGACUUUUAGUGGCAUUUUCCUUUUUUGCAUGCACAGUUUCUGUAUCAUUCUGUAUUUAUUCAUCUAUUUAGAUUUUCUAUGUAUCUUUGUUGUUCUAAAGCUUGACACACUGGCUCUUGACAUUGCGAUGAUGCUUAUCUAAUUUACGCAGCCCUGCCUGUACAACAAAUGAGAAGAAUAACCUAUCCUGAAUGUUCUCCAUCUACCAUCCAGAAUGAUUCCUUCCAGUGAGUUUCAAUAUUUCAUUUUCAAAGGGAGACAGUGAUGACUUCUAAGUACUUUUUGAAGGGGACAGUCAGCUGCUGCAGAAUAUUUAUUCACACAACACAUUGCUGCAAUAAGAUUAUGGGCUGAUGAAAUUGAAGAAACCUUUAUUCUGUGCUGAUGUGGUUAUGUCAUUCCUUUAUUAUCUGAGCAGCUUAUAACUUGAUGCAUAUGCAUCAAAUUGCCAUUACAGUGCUUAUUGGAUUGAGAGGCCCAGAUUAUCUUUCUGGAUAUUCAUCAAAGCAGUCAGGGGCCAAAAUCUCUAUUGGUGACUCAAAACAUUUCAAACUAGUCCUGAAAUAUUCGGAAGGGCUGUUCAGUCCGUAUUAUUCUGAAAACAAACAUCUGGUUGUACAUGCUACCUUUGACAUGGUUGUAGAAGGCGAUGCAUGUGUUACUUCCACAGACAAUUAAAGACAGCGCACAGGGACAAUUUGCCACUCUUUGUAAUGAAUUACUAUCAUAGAAUGUGCCUUUUCUUUUUGUGACUAAGGAAUAUACUAAGGGUGAAGACAGACAUUGUGUAAAAAUCAGCUUAUAAUGAUUUCUUCAGUUGCUCUGCAAAUUUGUUUUUGCAAAUGAAAUGACAGAUGUGCUUAGCAUCCACGCAAAUGUUGUCAGGGCCAGCUUGCUUCCUCACUCCCUACUUCAGAUGGGCUGUAGGUCUUGGUCCUUUUAACAACACCUUAUCUGUUCAUCUAUUUGUCUACUCCUCAAUUUAAAAUGGAAACUUGUUGAAAUUGUAAAACUGUGCCGGAGACUGAAGGAUUUCUUGGUGGCACAUGGGGGAGGAGACAAUUCUGUUUCCCAGAUCAACAACUUUUGUUUGAACUUGCAGCAUCUCUUUUAGCAGCUUGACCCUUAAGAGGAACAGCUGCAUUUCACCUGCACAUAGUGAGGGUGUUUAUACAUCUUCACUGCCCUAAGAAUAUUAAUGUGCUUCUUCAUGCCCAAACUUUGAUUCACUCAGGAAAAAGCUGUCUUACCUGCAGCAUUUGACUUGAUUUAAGACUCAGAUAUCACUUGCAAAAACGAAUCCCAGUAUUUCUGUCUCAUUUUUCUCUUCUUCACAGAAUAUAUGGCUGUUUUGCCCUGCCUGCAGAUUGCUUGUACAAAUGUUUCUAGUCAAUUGACACUUUUAUUAGAAAUCUGCUAUUUUGUCCCAAACAGCUUAUAACAUUCUAAAAUCUAUGGCCAGUAUGAAUGGGGGAAACUAGAUCUUUGCAGAAAAUGCACAUUAUGUUAUAAAAUUAUUAUACCUCCUGUGUUGUCUGUAUGAGACUGUUUAGCCCUCAAACAAAAUAAACAUUUUCAAUUUAACAAAAAA